UAAGAUUUAUUGUACAAAAAUUAAUAGUAUGUUGGCUAGCACGGCAACUCGGAGAUUAAAAAUGCUGCAGUCCCACUUUGUGACUGCAGUUUCAGGUGAGGAGGUUCUGAAGAAAUUCGCAACUGUUGAUCCUGAAAACCUCACUGAAACCUCGAAGGUUCAGAACCUCUGUAAUGGAGAGUGGACAGAUACCAAAGAAUGGGAAGAUCUUAUUGAUCCAAUGACUGGUAAAGUAAUGGGAAAGAUGCCUAACCCAAAGCAAUCAAAUGAUGAGCUCAAGCCUUUCAUUGACUCUCUCAAGAGUUGUCCAAAGUCAGGACUCCAUAACCCUUUGAAGAAGCCAGAAAGAUACUUGUUGUAUGGACAGGUUUGCAAGAAAGUAGCUACAUUGCUUGAUGAUGAGAAGAUAUCUGAAUUUUUCUGCAAACUUAUGCAAAGAGUUGUUCCAAAAUCAUACGCCCAAUGCCAAGGAGAACUCGUUGUCACCAAGAAGUUCCUUGAGAAUUUCUCCGGAGACAAUGUUAGGUUCUUAGCUAGGUCAUUUGCGAAUCCAGGAGACCACACCGGACAGAUGUCACAAGGGUUCAGAUGGCCAUAUGGUCCAACAAUCAUUAUAGCUCCAUUCAAUUUCCCAAUUGAAAUACCUGUAUUGCAGAUGAUGGGAUCUCUUUUCAUGGGAAAUAAAGUACUUGUCAAAGUCGACUCAAGAGUUUCAAUAGCAAUUGAGCAAUUUGUCAGACUUCUGCAUUAUUGUGGAAUGCCUCAGACUGAUCUUGACUUAAUUCACUGCCAACCAGAAUCAAUGGAAACUAUCAUUAGAAGAAGCCAUUGCAGACUUAUCCAAUUCACUGGAUCCUCAAGAGUCGCAGAGCAUCUGAACAAGCUUACCAACGGGAAGGUGAAAAUUGAAGAUGCUGGAUUCGAUUGGAAAAUUAUUGGCCCAGAUGUAGGUGAUGUUGACUAUGUCGCAUGGCAAUGCGACCAAGACGCAUAUUCUGCAACCGGACAAAAAUGCUCUGCUCAAUCCAUCCUCUUUGUUCAUACCAAUUGGCAUAAGCACGGACUUCUAGAGAAAAUGGAGGCACAAGCCAAGAGGAGGACAAUCAAAGAUUUAACAAUUGGCCCAGUGAUGACUUGGACAAAUGAACAAAUUGAAGAGCAUAUGUCGAAACUUCUAGAGCUGGACGGAGCCAAACUCCUCUGGGGAGGAAACAGACUUACAGGACAUUGCAUCCCAGAUAUCUAUGGAAGCUUUGAGCCCACUGCGAUCUACGUUCCAAUCAAGCAUUACACUACCAAAGCAAAGAUAGAUCUGAUUUGUACAGAAGUAUUUGGGCCACUCCAAGUAAUCACUGAUUAUGAAAUGGAUAGUCUUAAAAAUGUUAUGCAUACUCUUGAAGAGAUAGAGCAUAACCUCACUGCUGCUGUUGUGUCCAAUGACAGUGACUUCCUCACAGAAGUAUUGGGCAGCACAAUCAACGGAACUACAUAUGCAGGAAGAAGAGCAAGAACAACAGGUGCUCCCCAAAACCAUUGGUUUGGACCAUGUGGGGAUGUCAGAGGUGCAGGUAUAGGAACCCCAGAAGCCAUUAAGCAUGUAUGGUCCUCUCAUAGAGAAAUUAUUUGGGAUAAAGGGCCUGUACCAGCAGGAUGGGGAAAUAAAACACUCCCAAAGCCUACAUAA